AUAGGCUUUUGGAUAAGCAGUGUGUUCAAUUUCUAUUUCAGGGACAGCUGGAGGGAUGAUUUUACAAUAAUUUUCUUAAUAUGGGUAUUUUUUUCCUACGUAGACAAAGCGGUAAAUAACAUUCCGCGCUUGUACGUCUUUGUUGUGGAAACUAUCGAGUCUGUAGUCGAUAUAAUAGGUGACAACUGAAAAUGUCAAAAAGGGCACACGGCGGUGGAUCUGGAGGAAAGUUCAGAAUAUCUCUUGCAUUGCCUGUAGGUUCUGUGAUUAAUUGUGCUGACAACACAGGAGCCAAGAACCUAUAUGUGAUAGCAGUGCAGGGUGUAAAGGGACGACUCAACAGGCUGCCAGCUGCUGGGACAGGAGACAUGAUCAUCACCACUGUGAAGAGCGGCAAACCCGAGCUGCGGAAGAAAGUAAACCUUGCAGUAGUUAUUCGGCAACGUAAGCCCUUCCGCAGGAAGGACGGCACAGUCAUAUACUUUGAGGACAACGCAGGAGUGAUUGUCAACAACAAGGGAGAGUUGAAGGGCAGCACUAUCACAGGACCAGUGUCAAAGGAGUGUGCGGACUUGUGGCCCAGGAUAGCAGCGGCAGCUACUUGUAUUUGUUGACAUCAGUCACCCAUACGGUAGUACAUAACCUUUCCUAUUAAAAUAGCUUACCUACUUAUUCCACUGGAAUUUUUAAGUGCAGUAAAACAGAUUUUGGCAGUUUUCAAACUUCUAUUUUGUUGCUGUUCUGGUAAGGUAACAUAUAAAAUUUAGUAAUUAACAUUACAACAAUUAAA